AUUUGUGUGUUGUGUGCAGUAUGCACACUCCAAAGCUUUUGUUGCUUUGUGCUUAAUGGAAGGGCCUUGAGCUUUUCUCUUUCUCUGUCUCUCCUUUCUUUAGGUUUCACUCUCAAUACACUCUCCCUCUUCCUCCUCAACAAUCUCUCUUCUUCACUCUCCCAAUCUCCAUUUUCACAGUUCGUAAAUUUGGAGUCUGAUGUCUCAGCCUCUUUUGGUUACUGAAGAUGAAGGGCAGACCACUGUCUCAAUGGUAGCGUCUGCAUCUUCACCAUCGAUGGAGUGUUUCACCCCACAUGAGGCUAGAUUGAAAGAACGCAAUUACCUGGGAUUGGCAGAUUGCUCUUCGGUGGAGAGUUCUGCUGUCCCGAGCUUGUCUGGUGAGAACAAGAACCUGAAUUUGAAGGCUACUGAGUUGAGGCUGGGCCUUCCUGGAUCCCAGUCACCUGAAAGGGAUCCAGAUCUUUUCCCAUUGACCUCAGCAAAACUUGACGAGAAGCCACUGUUCCCUUUGCUUCCUACAAAGGAUGGAAUCUUCACAUUGUCCCAGAAAACUGUGGUCUCCGGCAACAAAAGAGGUUUUGCUGACACAAUGGACACUGAGUUUCCUGGAAAUGCAGGGUUAAACAUGAUGCUAUCACCUAAAGCUUCUGGGAUUCAGCCAUCCAUAGUGAAAGAAGUACCAAGCAAGGUAUUACAGGAACGUUCUUCUGCAGCAAAUGGAACUGGUCUUAACCAUUCAGGAACUUCUAUCAGUGGCAGUGCACCUGCUUCCAAGGCACAAGUUGUUGGUUGGCCUCCUAUAAGAUCAUUUAGGAAAAACUCAUUGGCCACCACUUCAAAGAACAAUGAUGAAGUAGAUGGAAAACCAAGUCCAGUCGCACUCUUUGUGAAGGUCAGCAUGGAUGGUGCUCCCUAUCUGAGGAAAGUAGAUCUAAGAAAUUAUACAACAUACCAGGAACUGUCUUCUGCCCUUGAGAAGAUGUUCAGCUGUUUCACUCUAGGUCAAUGUGGUUCCCAUGGAGUGCCAGGAAGAGAAAUCUUGAGUGAGAGCAAGCUGAAGGAUCUCCUGCAUGGUUCGGAAUAUGUACUGACUUAUGAAGAUAAAGAUGGUGACUGGAUGCUUGUGGGAGAUGUACCAUGGGAUAUGUUCAUUGAGACAUGCAAAAGGCUAAAAAUCAUGAAGGGUUCUGAUGCCAUUGGCUUAGCUCCAAGGGCCAUGGAAAAGUCCAGGAGCAGGAGCUAGUCGUUGUUGGAAGUGUUGACUGCGUUUUGUCUAGUUUACUGAAGUUGCUGGAUAUGAGAAAGGUGUGGAAAGAAAACUAUGGUAUAAACGAGCGAAUGCCGGGUUUUGAUGUUUAACUGCUAUUAAAGAUGUUUUCUAUUAUUAAAAAUCCCAGAAUAGUGUCUUGUUCUUUUGUUUGUGUUACAUUUGUUUCAAUAUAAUACCUUGUGAAGCUACCUUGAAUAUUAGUAAUUGUGGACUCUGUAAUCUUUAUAGGAACCGUUUGUUUGGAUAAGCCGAAAGUAUGUUAUAAGUUGUUUUCUAUGA